AUGGAUCCAGCGGAUUCAGGAAGCACCUCGGAGUUGGAGGACCACUCCAAGUCCUGGGGAUCGGACGCGCGAUCACCAACCCCAUCUGCCGACGAUGCCGGUAGUGCAUUGCACCCUCAGAGUGAUUGCGGAAUAGGUCACCGUGUCCUGGCUAGUCGCUCGGUUCUUGCCUUGGUCAUUGACGAGGAGUGCGUCUUUGCCGGUUUGCAAGGUGGUGACAUUGUGGCGUGGUCGCUCGAGACAUACGAUCUCGUCUAUUCCGUUCAUGCACACAAAGAGAGUGUGCUGGGCCUGUAUCUGUCUGAGGAUGGCAAUCUGUUGUUUUCCAGUGGCGGUGACUCUGUGAUCAAUGUCUGGUCAACGAGGACUUUUGAACGCCUCUAUUCCAUCUACUCUCACCAUGAUGUGGGUGAUAUUUUCACUGUUGUUUAUUCGGCCAACAAUCAGACAUUUGGUGUGAUUUGUCUGAAGAAGGCUCGACUCUCAACCAGAAGGCCUCAGCCGCGCAUCCAUCUAAACGGACUCAUCGUUUCUUUGAUUCGAAGGGUCCGGAUGGGACCUCGGGCUCCUAGGCCAUCAGAUGGUGCCCAGUCUGUAUCCGAAGGAGGACGGGUUCUAACUUUCAAGCGAGACCAUCACAAAAUCUUUGCCCAUCAUGGAUAUGUUUACUCCAUGUUACUGGUGAAGGGCCUGAUUGAAUCAGCACCAUCCGAGGAGGCGCUGCUGACCGGCUCAGGGGAUGGUGUAGUGAAGCUUUGGCGUCUUGGUCAAACUCCCGGUGCUGCCCCGACGCAGAUCGCGAAGCUCCAGAAUGGAGACCCUGUUCUCUCCAUCGCGGUUGAAGGCUCAUUGCUAUACUGUGGUCUUGCAGGCGGGGCUUUGAACAUCUGGAAUCUCGACUCACAGCAGCUCGUUAAACGGAUAUCUCGUCAUACUGGCGACUUGUGGGCAGUCCAUGUUAUCCAAGGCGUUGCAAUCUGCGGUGAUGCAACUGGAGUAGUGAAGAAAUUCAAUUCUCGUUUCGAAGAGGUCGGUAGCUGGGUUGCUCACGAAGGUACUAUGCUGGCGUCCGCGGCUGGCCGUUUUAAGGACCGUCAUAUCUAUGCCACUGGAGGAAAUGACAACACGGUGGGAAUAUGGGAUCUCACAGAGUUCUUCCUAACUCAAGAAGAACUCCCGCCCAUCAGUAACGAUGAAAUGGUUAAUAGCCUAGCAAAGUUCGUGUCAUUCAAAACAGUGUCAGCAAGCCCGAAAUUCGCCGGCGAGUGCAACCAAGGUGCCGCGUUCCUUCGUCGACACUGCAACUACCUUGGUGCCAAGACAAAGCUCCUCACCACUGGACAGGAUACCAAUCCUAUUGUCUAUGCCCGAUUUAACGCGACAUCCCCGAAAAGACCCAAGUGGAAAUCGGACCCAUAUCAACUCACGUCGAUCAACGGUUUCCUCUACGGCCGUGGUGUGUCGGAUAACAAAGGUCCCAUCCUAGCAUCUCUCUAUGCCGCGGCUGAUUUGGCCCGCACGAAGUCUCUUCGCUGCAGUGUGGUGUUCCUUAUUGAGGGCGAGGAAGAGUCGGGAUCUCAGGGCUUCCACCAAACAGUGCGAGAACAUAAAGAUCAGAUUGGCCCUGUGGACUGGAUUCUACUCGCCAACAGCUACUGGUUGGACGACUAUAAUCCUUGCUUGACAUACGGGCUCCGAGGUGUUGUGCAUGCAAAUUUGGUAGUGACAAGCGAUCACCCAGAUCUGCACAGUGGUAUUGAUGGCAGUGCCCUUUUGGACGAGCCUGUUAAAGACUUGUCGAUCCUAGUCUCGACUUUGGUCGGGCGGAAGGGCAAGAUCAAUCUUCCUGGCUUCCAUGACAAUGUCAAGCCCCUCACAGAGGCCGAGGAGAAGCGAUUCCAGGCUAUCGCUGACGUCCUGUUGCCUCACCACCCCGAGAUCCCGAGCAGCCAAGCCUUGAUCAAGUCGCUCACAUAUCGUUGGCGCGAACCCUCCUUGACUAUCCACUCGAUGGAGGUACCGGGAAGCAAGGGAACAACCACGAUCGCACGACGAGCCAAGGCGAGCCUCUCCAUCCGUAUCGUCCCCGACCAACAGGCCGAUGACGUUGCAGCAAAUUUGACAGCCUUCGCCCAAGAACAGUUCGACUUGCUCGAAUCGCAGAAUGACCUUACCGUAGAGAUCACAGGCAAAUCAGACGCAUGGCUCGGCGACCCAGACAACCAGAUCUUCGCAACACUCUCCGACGCAAUCACCGCAGCAUGGACACCAAAUGAGCAAACAUCGAAGCAUCAAUAUCCAGCCGUCCCCCAACUCACAAAUGGCCGCGCAACCCCGACCAGCAAACCGUCUGCAGCGCACACCCUUCUCCGCCAAGAUUCAUCCGACAGCCUCGCUUCCCAUGUUGAUCGUGUCAUCACAUCAACGACCACCUCCUCCGCAGGCAAAGCCGCAGCGCGCAAGCGCUCCGCCCAACAAAGCGCCACUGUCCCGACUUCGUCGACACUCACCCAAGCAGCGACAGCAGCAGCUUCAUCCGAAGAAUCACUCUCCCUUCCCAUCCGAUCGAAGUCUGAACCCCAGAGCGAUAGUUCAGACAUCUCAAUUUUGCCAUCGCAAGACGCACGAUCCGGCGGCGUGAAGCCAAUCUUUAUCCGUGAGGGUGGCUCCAUCCCUACAAUCCGAUUCUUGGAGAAAGAAUUCUCUGCACCUGCAGCGAACCUUCCCUGUGGUCAAGCCAGUGAUAACGCGCAUUUAGACAAUGAGCGGAUGAGGGUGGAGAAUUUGUAUAAAAGUCGGGAGAUUUUCCGAUAUGUUUUCGCGCAUUUGGUGGAUAAAGUUUGA